AUGUUGCCCGUCCAGAUUCUCAAGGACUCAGCACAAGAAGAGCGCGGCGAGAGCGCUCGUCUCAGCUCAUUCGUUGGAGCCAUCGCUAUCGGUGAUCUCGUCAAAUCCACCCUUGGACCAAAGGGAAUGGACAAGAUUUUGAUCAGCGGAGUUGCUGGUAACGAUGGAAUCAAGGUUACCAACGAUGGUGCCACAAUUCUAAAGUCGAUUGGAGUUGACAACCCAGCCGCCAAGGUUCUUGUGGAUAUGUCGAUGACUCAGGACAGCGAAGUUGGAGAUGGCACCACUUCCGUCACCGUUUUGGCGGCGGAGCUUCUCAAAGAGGCCGAAAAGCUCAUCAACCAAAGAAUCCAUCCACAAACGAUUAUCUCUGGUUACCGAAAAGCGUUGGGAAUCGCUCAAGAAGCGCUGAAGAAGUCUAGCAUCUCCUCGGGUGAGAAAUUGCGCGAGGAUCUUCUAAAAAUCGCCGGAACCACUUUGGGAUCGAAGAUUCUCAGCCAGCACAAAGAGCACUUCGCUCAGCUCGCCGUUGAUGCCGUCCUUCGACUCAAAGGCUCCGGAAACUUGGAAGCGAUUCAGAUUAUCAAGAAGCUCGGCGGAUCAAUGAACGAGUCGUAUUUGGAUGAAGGAUUCUUGCUCGAGAAGCUCCCUGGAAUGUACCAGCCACGACGAAUGGAGAAGGCCAAAGUGCUCAUCGCUAACACUCCAAUGGACACUGAUAAGGUGAAGGUGUUCGGAUCGCGUGUGAGAGUUGACGGUGUCGCGAAGGUCGCCGAACUCGAAGCCGCUGAGAAGCUAAAGAUGAAGGAGAAGGUUGAUAAGAUUCUCGCGCACAACUGCAACGUUUUCAUCAAUCGCCAAUUGAUCUACAACUAUCCGGAGCAGCUUUUCGCCGACGCCAAAGUCAUGGCAAUUGAGCACGCCGAUUUCGAGGGAAUCGAGCGUUUGGCUCUCGUUCUUGGCGGCGAGAUCGUCUCGACGUUCGACUCGCCGGAAACCGCCAAAUUCGGCUAUUGCGAUUUGAUUGAGGAGAUCAUGAUCGGCGAGGAUCGACUUUUGCGGUUCUCCGGCGUGAAACUCGGAGAAGCGUGCUCGGUGGUGCUCCGCGGUGCCACUCAGCAGAUUCUCGAGGAAGCUGAGAGAUCACUUCAUGACGCGCUGUGCGUACUGGUGACCCAUGUUAAGGAAGCUAAGACCGUGGCUGGAGCCGGUGCUAGUGAGAUUCUCAUGAGCACCGCGAUCGCUGUCGAAGCUCAAAAAGUUGCUGGCAAAGAGGCUCUAGCGGUUGAAGCGUUCGGAAGAGCCCUUCAGCAGCUGCCGACGAUUAUCUGCGAUAACGCCGGAUUGGAUUCGGCGGAGCUUGUGACGCGCCUCCGCGCCGAGCACGCCAACGGACACCAUAAUAUGGGAAUCGACAUUGAGAAGGGAGAAAUCGCUGAUGUCGUCGCUCUUGGCGUCAUUGAGUCGUACAAUGUGAAGCUUUGUAUGGUCUCGUCGGCGGCUGAAGCCACUGAGCAGAUUCUUCGUGUCGACGAUAUUAUCAAGGCGGCACCGAGACCGAGACAACAAGACAACCGACCAUGCUAA